CAAUAUACAGACACUUAUGCAUCUGAUCAAGGGAAACAUUGGCACUGGGAUCCUGGCCUUGCCGAUUGCCGUCAAACAUGCAGGGUUGUGGACUGGCCUGAUAGGGAUUAUUUGUAUUGGGAUCAUUGCCGUCCACUGCAUGCACAUUCUGAUCAAUAGCAGCCAUAUAUUGAGUCGGAGGACCGGACGUUUUGCUUUGGACUACGCCGAUGUCAUUGAGAUUUGCCUGAAAACGGGGCCUAAGUCACUACAGAGGUUUUCCAAAACUGCAAGGUGCAUGGUAGAUGCCUUCCUUAUAUUCACACAGUUCGGAUUUUGCUGUGUGUACAUUGUCUUUGUGGCAACCAAUGUUGGCAAGGUGAUUGAUCAGUUCCACCCUGAUGGACUGAACUUACGUGUGUAUGAGGUGAUCGUUGCCGUUGCUCUGAUGCCAUACGUCUGCGUCAGGAACUUGCAGGCACUGGCACCAUUCUCUGUGUUUGCAAAUAUUCUUACAGUUACGGGUUUGUUGAUCAUUAUCCAGUUCGUUGUACAAGGAUUGCCAGACGCAUCCUCGAGACCUUCGUUUACCUCCUUUGGAGAGGUCCCUCUGUUUUUUGGAACAGCAAUUUUUGCUAUUGAAGGCAUUAGUUUGGUACUUCCUCUGGAGAACAACAUGAGACACCCAGAAGAUUUCGCUGGCUGGACAGGGGUCCUCAACCUGGGAAUGGUGGGCACUGUCUGUCUGUACACGGCUAUUGGUUUCUAUGGUUACCUGAAGUUUGGGGAUGAUGUACAGGACAGUGUGACAUUGAGUCUGCCUACAGAUGAUUGGUUGUAUUUGUCAGUGCUGCUCAUGUAUUCUCUGGCCAUCUUCAUCUCCUACAACAUCCAGUUCUAUGUUCCUGUCGCCAUCAUGUGGCCCAAGAUUAAACGCCGCUUGAAAAAUAAAACGCUGCGGAAAUACGGAGAGUAUCCCUUCCGCAUACUCCUGGUGCUGGUAACACUUGGAUUCUCGCUGGCUGUUCCACAUUUAGAUCUGCUUAUCUCCCUUAUUGGUGCCUUUGCCAGCUCCUCCCUAGGCCUUAUUUUACCGGUCGUCAUCGAAGUCAUCACACUUUCUGCGGAGGAUGAGAAACUGCCAAAGUACCUCAUCCUGAAAAAUGUUCUAAUUUUCCUGUUUGGUCUUACAGGUUGUGCUAUAGGUACAUACACAUCCUUGAGGUCUAUAGUUGAGGCAUUUUAG